AUGAAAGCAAAUUCAAAUAAUAAUACUUCUUCAUUAUCACCAAAAGUUUUAAAGAGUUUUCCUUCAAAAGUUUCAAUUGAAAUCACCCUUUUAAGAGAUAUUUAUUACAAUCAUUUUUGUUAUUUAAAUGAUUUAAUUGAACAAAAUGUAGAUGUAAAUGAUUAUAGAUAUGUAAAUUGUUUAGGUUAUUUGAAAACAACUAAAAUAAGACCAGGAUUUGCAUUCUCAUUCUCUCAAAUUGUGUUUAUGAAAAGUGUUGGUUUGAAAAAUUUAUUGGCUCAAAAUGAAUAUGAAUUAAAAGUUAUAAAUAAUGUAAUUGAUAGUAUCAGUAGUAAAACAAUGGUUGAAAUUUUAAAUGAUAAAGUUAAAGUUCUUACUUUGGAAUCAGAAUCAUUAAGAUAUAAAAUCGAAUAUGUUAAAACUAUCAAAAGUCCAAUAAAAAUUGUAGUUUCAAUCUAA